AUGGCUGUAGUGAAGCGUGGAAUACCCAAGCAACAAUACAUGCGUGUCGAUGAGAAAGUUCUCUACUGGAUUGGUGUCAGGAAACCAGCCAGCGAUGCACCCAGCAAUCUUGGAUACCAGUCGCUUCUCCUCGCGCUGAGCGAUCAGAUGUUGGCUGUUGGUCUGUGUUAUCUCAUCGCCAUGUAUGUUCAGGUCUGCAAGGUCUCGUUGUACUCUUUUCAUAUCGGUGCCCAGCUGGGAUAUUUAUCGUCCAGUGUUCAUUUGUGCACCCUUCUGGUUCUCAAGUCAUAUUUCAAAAAACAUCCCAAGCAAGCCAUCUUGAGGGGUGCCAUAAUGAUGUUGUUCAUGGGACUUCUAGUGGCGACCCUCAUCCUUGACCUCACUACGCUGCUCGAGCCAAGUAAAAGAUUAUUUGUUUGCGGACUGCACAAUCCUAUAUCUCCUCGCCUGGGGAUACCAGCGCUCAGGUCAGUUGGAAUAGCUUUGCUAAUGGUAUUUGUCUACUGGAAUGCGUUCCGGUCAAUCAAAUUGGACACUUCACUAAGUUACAGUGUCGAGAACAGAGCAUUGAAGAACAUAAUACUGGGGUGGAUAUAUCAGGGCCAUCAAGGACAGGUAGAUCUUCAGACCUACCUCGAGCGCAGGAAAGACAAGAUCCAACGUAUCAAUCGAAGGAAUGUCGCGAUAUUAGAGCACCAAGCCAAUUUUUGGAAAGCCUUCAGCAUCGUUGUACCCCCAGUCGUCGGGGAAAUAUUUGGCUCAGUUCUAUCCGAGCUCAUCAUUGCCAUUUGUUCGUUUUGUGUGGCCAUAUACACGUUGGUCAAUGGUCUCUUUUAUAGAAAUGUCGACACCAAAGAGCUUUUUACUGUGAGCUUUGGCCAGAUUAUGCCCAUGCUCCUGCUAAUUGUCAUCGCCUUGACUGUUGUCGAGGUUGGCACUAUCAAGAACUUCCGGGUAAUAGAGAUCGAAACCGAGAUGAAGAAACAUCCUGCAUCGAUACAUGUUCCUCCAUCACUCGAGGGCUCUGCUGCCUCGUCCAGCCGAGCCAUGUCCCAGGGGACACAAAGGAAUCUGACAAACAUUGCAGAAGGGGGUCCGUCGAAGACCUACGGAAACUCUUUGAUGCCCAUGGCUUCAGCAUCGUAUAGUCAGCCAGACCUUUCAAGCAAUGCCGGCUUCGGGUCAAGGGUCGAUUCAAUGACCAGGUGGAUGACCCCACGAAGGACAAAUACACUCGAGAUUGAAGAAGGCAAAACAUUUCUUUUCCCUUCUCAAGAGUCAACGGCAGAUGUUCUUGACAUAGCUCUCACUAAUGCUAAAGCGGUCACAUAUACUGCCAUCUGUGCCAUCCUUUUCUUUGCCGCUGGGCUUAUUGUGCUGGUCUUUUUCUUCUAUGAGUUUGCUGUGCCAGCUGCGGCUGGUUUACUGUUCAUUAGCUUUAUCAUUGACCUCUUCUGGUCAAUACGAGGGGUCAAUGAGGUAAAGCGAGAGCAAAUUGAGAAGGAAACACGAAUGUGA